AUGACUUCAGUCCCUGUUCUGGCAGUCCCUGAUUUUACCCUUCCAUUUGAAGUUCACACAGACGCUUCAGGACAAGGUAUUGGAGCUGUCCUAGUCCAGAAUCAGUGCUUUAUUGCAUUUCUUAGCCAAGCCUUCUCCGACAGUGAUUCUAUCACUACUGUCCUUCUUAUACCCUACAUUGAGUCUACUUAUAAUCAUCUUGUAGAGUCUAUUACUAUUCCUCAAAGUCCUAUCCCUAUGGGCGAGUCUCCUCCUCUAGGUGAUGCUAUCGUUCUAAGUACGGCUACUGACACUAUUCUUGAUGAUGUUCCCAAGGCUCUUGUUCCCGAUCCUCUUAUGUUAGAUUCCUCUCCUACUACAGCCCUACCUCCUAAAGACCAAUUUCCCAUUGCAAUUCGUAAAGCUAUUCAGAUUUUAAGAUAUAUCAAGGGUACACCAGGCAAAGGUCUAUUAUAUGAAAACAGGGGCCAUACACAGAUUGUCAGAUAUUCUGAUGAUAAUUGGGCAGGUUCUCCAUCUGAUAGACGUUCCACUUCAGGUUUUUGUGAUCUUGUGGGAGGAAACCUUGUAUCUUGA